CUGUCUGCUGUGUGGGAAGCGCUUCCAAGCACAAAGUGCACUCCAACAGCACAUGGAGGUCCACGCAGGCGUGCGCAGUUAUAUCUGCAGUGAGUGCAACCGCACCUUCCCCAGCCACACGGCUCUCAAACGCCACCUUCGCUCACAUACAGGUGACCACCCAUAUGAGUGUGAGUUCUGUGGCAGCUGCUUCCGGGAUGAGAGCACACUCAAGAGCCACAAGCGCAUCCACACAGGGGAGAAGCCCUACGAGUGUAACGGCUGUGGCAAGAAGUUUAGCCUCAAGCACCAGUUGGAGACGCACUACAGGGUUCACACAGGUGAGAAGCCCUUUGAGUGCAAACUCUGCCACCAGCGUUCCCGAGACUACUCUGCCAUGAUCAAGCACCUGAGAACACACAAUGGUGCCUCACCCUACCAGUGUACCAUCUGCACAGAAUACUGCCCCAGCCUCUCCUCCAUGCAGAAACACAUGAAGGGCCACAAGCCGGAAGAGAUCCCACCUGACUGGAGGAUAGAGAAGACGUAUCUCUACCUGUGUUAUGUGUGAAUGGGGGUAUACCCCCCCCCAACACAUGGUAGAGCAAUGGCAGGAGCUGGCAAAGGCGAGCUAGAACCAG